AUGUCCGGCCAGGAGACUUCCCCGCAGUCUCCCCCCGCCAACACCGGCAAGCAUCGAAGGCCUUGGACAUCCACCGAGGACUCGGCCUUGAGGACGCUGGUAGCUCACUUUGGAGACAGUCGAGGACCCGAGGGCAGGUGGAAGGACAUUGCUGCCGGUCUCCAAGGUCGGACAGCCAAGGACUGUCGCAAACGCUGGUUUCACUCCCUUGACCCGUCGCUGCGCAAGGGUAGAUGGACAGCCCAAGAGGACGAGCUUCUCCUUUCAGCGUAUGCACGUCUUGGGCCAGCCUGGCAUGAUAUUGCCCUUCUCAUUCCUGGCAGGAAAGACGACCAAUGUUCAAAGAGGUACAACGACAUUCUCAAUCCAUCCGCCCAAAACCGCCUGAGCGAUUGGACAGCCCAAGAGGACAACCUACUCCGCCAAGGUGUUGCUACAUUAGGUCAUCGCUGGGCAGCUAUAUCAUCGCGGAUACCUGGCCGUCCACCUCUCACCUGCCGCAACCGCUGGCGCACUCUCUCUCGUCAAUCUCAUUCCCGCGUCGCCAAAUCCCAAGGCAACACACCAUCGUCAUCGACGUCGCAAAUGUCCCCCAUGGAUAGCGGAGUAUCACCUGCACCCCAGAAUCUCACUAUCGACAUGGAAUCUGGAAGCGGGAACGCAGCCGAGCAGAUUAUGCCAUUCUCCGCCAUGGAGGCCGAGGCUGGUGAACAGACAGGGCCCAGUUUCCUCGACUCGGCCUUUUACGAAACCUUUUCUGGCCCCUCGCCGCCGUCACUCAAUGAUGCUGACGGUGAGAAUGCCGAGAAGGUCAACGGGACUGGUGUCUCGUCCGAGUCCCACUACAGGAGCAUUCAUGCCUUCGCCGUCAAGUUGGUCCUCCAUGAGCUCAAUGGUUGCCACGGGCACAUCACCGCCGGCUGA